CCCGGGGCCGGUUGGUCAUCCCGCAGGGGAGGCGCCGCGGGCGGCCCAGCCUGGGGCCGGGGUCGGAGCUCCGGACGGGACAGCCGGGAGCCGGGUUCCCGGCGGCGGCGGCGGCGGCGGCGGCGGCCCGAGGCGCGCGCCGGUUCCCCCCGUGAAUUCCGGGUCCCCGGCCCUCGAGGCACGGUGUCCGCGGCGGGGGCGGUGCUCGGCCAGCCAUGAGCUCUCCGUCGCCCGCCCGCAAGGGCUUUUAUCGCCAGGAGGUGACCAAGACGGCCUGGGAGGUGCGCGUCGUGUACCAGGAUCUGCAGCCCGUGGGCUCGGGCGCCUACGGCGCCGUGUGCUCGGCGGUGGACAGCCGCACGGGCGCCAAGGUGGCCAUCAAGAAGCUGUACCGGCCCUUUCAGUCCGAGCUGUUCGCCAAGCGCGCCUACCGCGAGCUGCGCCUGCUGAAGCACAUGCGCCACGAGAACGUGAUUGGGCUGCUGGACGUGUUCACGCCCGAUGAGACGCUGGAUGACUUCACGGACUUCUACCUGGUGAUGCCGUUCAUGGGCACCGACCUGGGAAAGCUCAUGAAGCACGAGAAGCUGAGCGAGGACCGGGUGCAGUUCCUCGUCUACCAGACACUCAAGGGGCUGAAGUACAUCCACGCUGCCGGCGUCAUCCACAGGGACUUGAAGCCCAGCAACUUGGCUGUGAACGAGGACUGUGAGCUGAAGAUCCUGGACUUCGGCCUGGCCCGGCAGGCAGACACCGAGAUGACUGGCUACGUGGUGACCCGGUGGUACCGCGCACCCGAGGUCAUCUUGAACUGGAUGCACUACACGCAGACAGUGGACAUCUGGUCCAUGGGCUGCAUCAUGGCCGAGAUGAUCACGGGGAAGACGCUCUUCAAAGGCAGCGACCACCUGGACCAGCUGAAGGAGAUCAUGAAGGUGACGGGGACGCCUCCAGCGGAGUUUGUGCAGAGGCUGCAAAGUGACGAGGCCAAGAACUACAUGAAGGGCCUCCCUGAGCUGGAGAAGAAGGAUUUUGCCUCCGUCCUGACCAACGCGAGCCCCCUGGCCGUGAGCCUCCUGGAGAAAAUGCUGGUGCUGGACGCGGAGCGGCGGGUGACGGCGGCCGAGGCGCUGGCCCACCCCUACUUUGAGUCGCUGCACGACACGGAGGACGAGCCCCAGGCCGAGAAGUAUGAUGAGUCCUUUGACGAUGUGGACCGCACGCUGGAUGAGUGGAAGCGGGCUUCUCCACACGGACCUCCCCAGUGUGGCCCGGCCCCCUCCCUGCAUGAGCGUCAGACGGAAGGCCUGGGAGGCACCCCACGGAGGGUAACACGACGGUGCAGCUCACUGGGCAAAGCACACAGACCACUCGCUGUCGAGGCACGGUCCUCUGAGCGGGGCCCCGGGAGCCCCAGUGGUCCCCCAGACGGGCGCUCUCCCAGCCCGGCGAGUGUGGGCACGCGGGGGGAGGCGGAGCAGCACCCCCUCCCUUGGGACUGCCCGCUCUGGGCAUGGUGCGGGGAACGUGGGGACUGGUGCAGAAGCCCGAGAUGCAGGUGGUCAGUGGGGAUUCCACUUUUGUUUGAGGCUUCAUAGACGUUCUGGAUGCAGAAGCUGGAACGCCCUGGUGGGACUCUGCGUAGCUCCACUCAAGUGAACACACUGGUUUAUGUUCCUGCAACAUCCUCUGUUCACUGAGGCAGGCUGUGGGGCCAAAGCCACUCUAGGGGCUGUGGGUGUGGGCUGGCUACAGGAGUCCCAUCAGGGUGGACAGUCCCUGUGGAUGGACACGGGAGGACUCGCACAUGUGGGACAAAGGAGCUCCCUUGGUGCCUAAGCCCUGGCAGUCAGAGUCAGAUCUCUGACUGUCAUUUAGGGGGGCGGUGAGCCCCUCAGUCAGUGACCUGUGCUCUGGGCCCAGGAGUUUUCCCCACCCCCACCCCGAGUGGAAUCUCAGGAGUUACCACUGGUCCGGGCAAGUACUUGGUUUUGGUCGCUGGCGUCGAUCCUUGGUGUGCAAGGUGGACCUGUCUGAUGGGUGGUGGGCUCCUUCUCCCGUGAUUCUCUCCUUCUGG